UGUAGAGAUUAUCCCACUAGCAAUGGUUGCUUUGUUUACAUCUGUGUUGCUUGCACAGUUGCAUGAAAACGACAUACUUUGAAAAUACUCUUGUUGCAUCAGUUACAGAGCCACACACUAUUGCAUUAUUUGUUUAAAUGUCAAUAUUUUAAGUGAUACCAACAUUACACAAACGUGUAAUAUUUCUAUAAAACCCGGUUUGUUUUUGUCAAGUUUGGACUUGAGAAAAGGGCACCUGUUGGUAAUUUUUAUCAAAGUAACAUUGUUAUGUAUAUCCCUGAAUGCUUGUCAACUUGAUUUAGUGUUUGGAACUGAAAGGAAUGCCAGGAAAAUACAAGAGCAAGUAUGGAGAUGAUUAUGAGUCUGAUGAUCUUGAGACAACAGAUACGCUAAUUGGAAGAAACAGAGUCCCUUCAUCUCCAGUUAAAAAGAAUUCAAGACCAGUAUCAGGAAGUGCCAAAAAAAGAACUCCAAGAAGACCAGUCACCCCUGGUAAAAAGAAGAAGCGCCCACAGAGUGCCCCGGCAGCGCGCACAGGUCAUGACCUGUGGAUGAAUGCAGUUAAACAGAGACUUACAGUUGGAUUAGCUUCAAACAGACACCCUACAAGCCCACGUCACAAAACAGUCAGUGAAUAUUGGAUUGAUACUCUCAGGAAGACUGGAACAGGUUUCACGACAGAAAGCACCGGAAUGAACACAUUUAGUGGUAAGCGACCGAGGGAUAAAGACAUGCCGUACCUGAGUACACCGGCAUACCUGAGACAGAUGGCCGGAACAGAAAGACAACAUAAGGCAAAUGAUCCCAUGAGUAAAGCAUCACCAGGGACACCGGCCUACAAAUCUCAGGAGGAAUAUUAUGAACAGAUUCUUGAGUACAAGAAACAAGUUGGGGCAUUAAAUCAAGAUGCCAAUAACAUGAAGGCUAAAAUACGUAGACUAGAAGAAGAUAAUCUGAAGAAAGAAAAGGAGAUUGAUUCUUUACUGAACCCGCAAAAGAGUGAAGAGCUGCGGAGGACAUUAGCCGACAAAAGACCGGAUUCCGGUUCAGUUAUACACAGUCUAAAACAGAAAAUCCUGAAACUUGAAACACAGAUGAGGGACAAGGAAACAGCGUACAUAAAACUUCAGAGUGAUUUAAAGACGACAAAGGUUGACGAGAUGAAACAACAAAUGGAGGUGUUUUAUAAUGAGAUAAUACGGUUACAACACUCGAAAGAUACGGGGAUGAAUAAAACUGACAGGCCCACAGGUCGUGAAGGGAGUGGUAAAACAAACAGCCCGAGGAAGAAUUAUACGAUACCAGGACUAAAAAAAGAUUAUGAGGAUAUGGGCAGGAAGGAACUGUUGCAGUGUGUCACACAAUUAGAAAAGAGAUUAGAGAAAUCAGAGAGACAUAUGGAUGGCUCUUCUAUUAUAUCAUAUGAAAGCAAGGCAAACCAUGUUCAAGGUAAAGUGGCAUUGGAUGGAAGUCUUGAAGACAGAUUAGACCAGCUAGACAAACGUGAAUCAGAGUUACUUGAACUGUUAGAGAAGAAAAAUGACAAAAUUAAACAGCUUACUGCAGAGAAAAAUAGAUGGAAGAAACGUUGUGAGGAAAUGGAGAAAAUGGUAGGUUCAGGAACGGCAGACUAUGAUUAUAGAAUGGACGAAAGAACAGAAAAAGGGUCCAGAUCAAGUAGACCGCCAAGUGCUCGAACAACCAGUACACGAGGUCAGAGGCCAACUAGUGCGCGUUCUGACGACCGACCGCCUACAGCAAGAGAUCGGACACCCAGAGGGCGCCCUGACCGUCCAGACAGUGGAAGAUCAGAAAAACGGCCUCCGAGUGCUAAGAGAAGACCAUCACUGGAGAGUAGCGUGUCUGUUGCAAGACGACAGAAGAUUCGAGACUUCCAGGAAAAUCGUUCAGCUAAAACAAUACAGAGACACUGGAAGUCACAUAGGCAAGAUCAACAGAAAUUACAAAAUGAAAAAGUAGAACACUUCCGAGAAAAUCGUGCUGCCAAAAAGAUUCAGCAUCAAUGGACUGGAUACCAAUUUAAAAAACAAGAGCACGAACGGGAUGAGGCUUCAGACUUGAUACGUUCGGCAUUGAUGGGUCACACGACGAGGCGGCAGCAGAUGGCGAUGUACGAGGACGACACAGAGGAUGACUAUAUGACAGAUAACGAGGAUUAUAAUGACUGUGUCAACCUUAUACAAUCAUCGUUAAUGGGACAUCAGCAACGUAGAUCUAGAAUGAAAGAUUUCCAUUUAUCAUCAACUGGCGAGGAAGAAGAUGACGAUGAUGACAUCGAUAUUAUGCAAAGUCCAAAGCGUAGAUUAUCAUCAUCAGUCCGGUCAAACCGUCCACCAUCUCCGUCCAUACACAGGUCAAGACCAACUUCAGGUAAAUCAAGGGCAUCUAUCAGUUCAGCUUCAGGCAAGGGUUCAUCAGCAUAUAGCUCAUCAUAUAAGGGGAGAGGAACAUAUUCUACACAUUUAGAUGAUGAUGAUGACUUUUAAUUAUAAUCAAGCAGUUCACAUAGAUUAUUAGAGAUACACUUGAUUUAUAUAAAAUAUUUCUUAGUAGAUUGUUAUUGAUAAAUAAACUAAUAUCUUUAAUUCUGGGUCCCAUGGGGGAAGAAAACAAGUGGAAAGAAAAUAUGAAUAUUGUGUAUGGAUUAAGAUAUGUAAGAGACAAUUGAUUUUAAGAUUAGCUGAAAUCUGCCAUGAAUAUUUUCAACUGUCAGAAGGACACCGAAGAUCACAAAAGGCAUGUUCAAGACUCAUCUUACAGACAUGUGUUGUGAUUAAAUAUUUCUCAAAUAUACAUGACUUGCUAUAUGCAAUAUAGACCAUUUUUUCAAUCACAUUGUAAGCUUGUAAAACUUUUUUUUUCUUCAAAUUUUAUCAUAGGUUAUACACCUGCCAAUCUUUAUGAAUAUAUUUAAAAUAUUAUACAUCUUCCAAAAGAUUAUGAGAGUUCAAAAUAUUUCACCACUUACUAUGUCUCAUGGUGAUCAAAUAUGAUUUCACAUAGAAGCAACAAAUAAUGUUUCCACUCACCGUUUUAUAUAUAAUGUAUAAGACAUGGUAAAUAACAGGAUUGGUUCAAUUUUUGUGAUCUGAAUGAUGGAAUACCAUAAUUCUAUAAAUAGAAGCAAAUUAAUGAAACACUGGUCUUCUGUUUUUAGCUUAUCUGUUUU